GCUUGCUCGUUGCGUUCGCCGCGCGAUGGCGUUACUAGCGCUUACAGUUCCUGCCAGUUCCUGCUGACCCUUUUCGCCUUCUCUCUCCGCGUGGACGUUAUCCUCGCUGAAAAAAGCUCGUCAAGAUGGGUCGUAUGCACUCGCAUGGAAAGGGUAUAUCCCAAUCUGCGCUCCCCUAUCGACGAAGCGUACCAACCUGGUUGAAACUGACGCCGGAAGAUUGCAAGGAACUAAUAUACAAAUUAGCAAAGAAAGGACACACGCCUUCUCAAAUUGGUGUCAUACUUCGUGACUCGCACGGCGUGGCCCAGGUGCGAUUCCGCACAGGAAACAAGAUCCUGCGCAUCGUGAAGAGCAUGGGCCUGGCCCCGGAUCUACCCGAGGAUUUGUAUUACCUGAUCAAGAAGGCCGUCGCUGUGCGCAAGCACUUGGAACGCAACCGCAAGGAUAAGGACAGCAAGUUCCGUUUGAUUCUCGUCGAGUCGAGGAUUCACAGGCUGGCACGUUACUACAAGACCAAGGGAUCCCUGCCGCCAAACUGGAAAUACGAGAGCUCGACGGCCAGCGCCCUCGUAGCGUAACUUUGUUUAUUGUAUUUACAUAUGCUUUAAUAAACUUCAACAACUGACUCA